AUUUUGUUCUAAGCAUCAUUCUGAAAAAGAACAUCUUCUACAAAACACUUGAGUGUAACAAAAGCAUAAUCAUUUAAUCAUGAAGAUGCUCAUCGUAUUCUGUACUGUGGUAGCCGCUGUGGCUUGCGCACCCACUGCUCUUGAGGAGCUAGCAGUACGUCGGGCUCAGCCUGCCUUGGAUUUCGAAGAAGUUCGCGAUGAGUUCGGCCAGUAUGCCCUACGCUACGUCACAGCAGAAGGCAUCGUGGUUUCGGAGCGUGGACACUUAGUACCCGCUGCCAAGGAUGGCGAUUAUGUUCUCAUAGUCGACGGUGAAUUCUCCUACAUCGGUGAUGACGGCCAGCUCUACGUCACAAAGUUCACAUCUGGUCUCGAUGGAACUCACGUUGAAGGCAACCAUCUCCCCGUCGCACCCGAACCAAUUGUAGUGGAAGUACCAGAGUCUCAGUGAACAAAUGACCGACGUGAUAAUCAAUAAAUUAUAAUGGCUUUUCAA